AUGCAGUUGAUCAAGAGCGUAGCCGUCAUCGGAGCUGGCCCUGCCGGUGCCAUUGCCGUCGAUGCGUUGAUGCAAGAGAAUGCAUUUGAUGUGAUCCGCGUGUUUGAGCGCCAGGAGAAGGCUGGCGGCUGCUGGGUUUCGAGGGAUGAUGAUCCACCACAAAAGUUCGACUUGGAUGGGCUAGCUGCACGCACUGCAGACGCUCCCUUGAAGAUUCCAGAGCAGACGCCAUGCUGGACACCGGUUGUCGCUCAGGAUCGCUUCACAGAUUCACCCGUUUACCCCGGGCUAGAAACCAAUGUUGAUGUAAGCGCAAUGUGCUACUCCCGGGAGCCUAUACCGACAAUUCGUUCAAAAUGGUCUAUUGAACGUCACGGAGAAGAUACUCCUUUCCGCCACCACUCUGUCAUCAGACAGUACAUCGAGGAUCUCUUUACUCGGAAGGGGCAUGAAAGUCUCGUUCAGUACAACACCACUGUUGAACGGGCCAUUAAGGAUUCCACAAGCCAGAAGUGGACACUCACUCUUCGUCGCACAGAAAUUCAUAAUGGAAGCCCAGCAGACUACUGGUGGACUGAGCUAUUCGAUGCCGUUGUUGUGGCCUCCGGUCACUAUGCUGUUCCUUAUAUUCCCGCGAUUCCUGGCUUGAAAGAGUUUGCUGCAAGAUAUCCCGGUAGUAUUGAGCAUACGAAACACUACCGUGGCCCGCAAAAGUAUCAAGACAAGAAAGUCAUCACAGUCGGAGCUUCUGUUUCUGCAGCAGACACUGCCGUCAACCUCAUCGGCAGCGCUCAAGCCCCAAUUCACGCCGUAGUUCGUGGUCGGUAUAACGUGUACUUCGGCGACGAUGCAUUCAAGCACCCAAAGAUUUUGCGUCGUGCACCAAUCUCUCAUAUCUCGACUGAUGAGCGAACAGUUCAUUUCGAAGAUGGCACUUUCGAAACCGGGGUGGAUCACAUUAUAUUUGGAACUGGUUUCACUUGGACAUUGCCCUUCUUACCUCAAGUCCAAACUCGAAACAACCGCGUCCCUAACCUGUAUCAGCAUGUCUUCUAUCGAAAUGACCCAACGUUGACGUUCGUUGGAGCGGUCGGCGCGGGGCUUACCUUCAAGGUCUUUGAAUGGCAGGCUGUUGCUGCUGCACGUGUUCUCGCAGGCCGGGCCACCCUUCCUUCUGUUGAAGAGCAGGAGGCGUGGGAGACCGGUCGAAUUGCGGCGAGGGGUGAUGGACCGCCAUUUACCGUCAUUAAUCCUGAGUUUAAAGCUUAUUUUGAAGAACUUCGACAACUCGCAGGAGAGCCACGCGAUGGGAUACCCGGGCGGCCAUUGCCGCCAUUUGAUCAGAAAUGGGUGGAUGACUUUAAUGCAGGGCACGAACGACGUAAAGAGAUGUGGAGGCGGCAAAACAGUUCUGCUGCGGCGAAAUUGUAA